CAUGGCCGCUGCAAAUCCAGCAAAAUCCCUUCGGGAUGAAGCUACUUGUUCCAUCUGUCUGGAUUACUUUCAGGAUCCUGUGAUGAUCAUAGAGUGCGGGCACAAUUUCUGCCGAGCCUGCAUCACCAAGUAUUGGAAAGGAUCUGAUUGCAGUGCCAGCUGUCCGGAAUGCAGGCAGUUGUUUUCCUGGACAAAUCUCAAACCAAACAGGCAACUGGGGAAUAUUGUAGAAACCGCUAAACAGUUCAGUUUGCAACUGAACAACAGCUCGAAAUUGGGGAGAAUGUGCAAGGAACACCAGAAACCCCUGACUCUCUUCUGCAAAACUGAUGAGAUCCUCAUUUGCACGGUCUGUGACAGGACCAAAGCUCACCGAAGUCAUGCUGUGGUUCACACAGAAGAAGCUGCUGCAGAUUACAAGGAGAAGCUGUGGAUAUAUCUAGAAAAUCUGAAGAAAGAAAGAAACCAGAUUCAGUCAGCUAAAUCAAAUGGAGCAAAGCCAAGUCAGGAGUUAUUGAAACAGACCAAAGCAAAGAGGAAAGAGAUUGUGUCUGAAUUCCAACAGCAGCAGCAGUUUUUGAAAGAACAAGAGCAACUCCAGCUGUCCAAGCUGAAAGACCUGGAAAAGGAGAUUGAGAAGAAAAGAGAUGAUUAUGCCAGCAAGUUUGUGGAUGAAAUAUCUUACAUCACUGAUCUGAUUGGUGAAGUGGAAAAGAAGGAUAAGCAACCCACAAAUGAAUUCCUGCAGGAUAUUGGAAGCCUACUGGACAGAUGUAAGAAGGGAAAAUUUCAGUAUCCAGCUGUACCUGAUUCUUCAGAUGUGAAGAAAAGGCUUGAUCAGUUCUGUCAAGAGAGCACCUCUCUGCAAAUUUCAUUCAGGAAAGUCAGAGAGAACACGUUGACACCAAAAGGGAUCAAAGAAAAUGUGUUGCUGGAUCCAGAAACAGCCCAUCCCCGAUAUGUUGUGUCUGCAGAUCAGAAGACUGUAUCAUGGGGAGAUGUCCGUCAGCAAUUUCCCUACAACCCAAAGCGAUUUCAACGUGUUCGCUGCAUUCUUGGGUGUGAGGGAUUCACUUCAGGAAAACAUUAUUGGACCGUGGAUGUAGGGGAUGGAGAUUAUUGGGCUUUGGGGGUGGCCAAAGAAUCUGUGGAGCGGGAGGAGGAAAUUGAUCUUGAACCUGAUGAGGGAAUCUGGGCAAUUGGACUUUACAGUGACCAAUAUAAAGCUCUGACCUCACCUCCUACCCUGCUGGAUGUAGAGGAGGAUCCAACAGAGAUUCAUGUUUGUUUGGACUAUGAAGGGAGGACAGUUUCUUUUUAUGAUGCUGAAGAUAAUACCAAUCUCUGCACUUUUCAAUCUGCAGGUUUUGAAGGAGAGAAAAUUUUCCCUUUUUUCCGGAUUGUUGAUUCAUCAACUGUCCUGAGCUUGUAUUCUUAA